AUGGCGCACCUGAGUAACGAAGAGUUCCUCACGCGGUUAGCGGCGCUGUUCGAGCAGACGAAAGAGAAGGGGACUGUCUUCCUCACGCAGAAGCGAUUCACCCAUGAACCCGAAGCAAGCACCUCCACCUCAACAGCCGCAUCAGGAGCGGACGUCGAGAUGCGGGAACCGGACGCAGAGAGGGAAUGGCCGUUGUUGAUCCGCGCGACAGACGGGAACGGGAAGAAGGAUGUCAAGGUCAAGAUUUCUACGAUUGUCCAGCCCGCUUCCUGCGACUCCUUCCUCACCUCCUACUCCGACCUCCUCCGCACCCACUUCUCCACCACCCUGCGACCAAAACGCAAGAAAGCCGAAUUGGCACGGCAACGAGCCCUCAAGCUCGCGAAGCGACGAGCAGCGAAAGCUAAAGCGCGAGGGGAAGAAGUCGAUCCGGCUGCUCUGGCGGCGGCAGCGACGAGCGCGGCGGGAGGAGGAGGAGGUGGACAGUUUGUGUUGAGGUUGCCGAAGGUCGUUGGGCCGCGGAGGGGGAAUGGAGUGAAGAAGCGGAGACGGACGCAGAAGGCGAGGGAGAAGGCAGUCGAGCGGUACAAGGCGGGCAAGGCGCGGAAGAGGGGCGCAGACGAGGCGUGA